AUGCAACUCUUCACCCUGAUGGCUCUCGUGGCGAGCGCGGUGGCACUGCCUCCGUCCCCUCCCAUGGUUGGCAACGCCAAUGGUAUGGCCAACAAGGGCAACUCCGACGUGCGCUUCCAGGUGCCUGACGAUAUGACGGUCCACCAGGCCCAGGCCAAGUGCGGUGACCAAGCUCAGCUCUCUUGCUGCAACAAGGCUACAUUCGCUGGAGACACCACGGAUGCCGAAAAUGGUAUCCUAGCUGGUGCUCUGAGCAACCUCAUUAGCGGUGGCUCUGGUUCCGAGGGAUUGGGUCUGUUCCAGCAGUGCUCGCAACUGGAUCUUCAGGUUCCGAUCAUUGGUAUCCCGCUCCAGGACCUGAUCAAGAAGAAGUGCCAGCAGAACAUCGCGUGCUGCCAGAACUCUCCUUCUAGUGCGAGCGACGACCUGAUUGGCCUUGGUCUGCCUUGCGUGGCUCUUGGUGCCCUGAUCUAA